UUGGCGUCAUUGGCUUUCGUAUUGUUUCAUUCGGUGAUGGCGUGAGCGCGCGAGUGUGUGUGUUUUAAUUAAAUGGUGUUCUCCAUUUUGCCAAUGAUGCUAUUUUGAAGUAAUUAAAUAACUGAAAUCGGCUCGCUGCAGUUGAACAAACAUCGCCGGCCUCAACGCACGUACAGUCCGAAAUCGAGCGUCGUUCAAUACACAACUCGUUUUUGUUGUUCCGCUUCUCAAUUUGUGUGUAUCUCUGUGUGUGCAUGUGCUUAAAGUAUUCUUGGUAAAUUUCCACUGCUCAGCGUAUACAACAACGAUAGCAUCAGCGAUGGUCUUGACUAAUUUCGAGUGCUGGGCACAUGGUGAUUCCGAUGCUGUCAAUUUCGAAACUGGGACACCGGCGCGCAAUUCAUCGAUUGUGGAUCCAUUCAAUGCACGUGUCGUCUCUCACAUUGCGUCCGUCUCGAACGGUUAUUAUGGAUAUGCGCUUGUAAACAAUGCGUCUGACGCCGCUUCGGCUUCCGACAAUAACAACAACAGCUGCAACAACAACAACCACACUGUGCAGCCAAUGCAAAUGCAAGUGAGCGAUGCUGACGUCGGCGUCGGCGUUGGCUUCGACGCCUCUCCCUCUGCCACUGUCGCAUCGCGCUGCAAGAAACGCUGCUUUGCAGUGGGACACGAACAGUUGGAAAUGGAGAUGGACAAUUUGACGGCCGUGAAGCGAUGCCGUCUCGAUGAUGCCGAUCUGGUCGCACAGUAUUGUAACGAUUUCUUCUCGCUGCCUGCCACACAUAUGAUCGGGACGCAGGCCUGUCUCAUGGACUACGAUUAUGAUAUGCAGCAACAACAGCAGCAGCAGCAGCAACAUCAUCAGCAACAGCCGCAACAGCAACAACAACAACAGCAACAGUUGCAUCCACGCAUCCAUCAACAUUAUCAAGGUCAUUUGCAUCGCGCUAACCGUGAUACGGCCCACAACAAGAGCAGCAACAGCAGCGACAACAAAAUUCAGGCAAUGUCUUAGAGACCAUAAAUGAUAAACUAGAUGCUAAAAGUGAAUCCAAAUUCACAGAUGAAACAGCUGAUUUGUAUAUAGCCACACAUGGCGGCUGUCUGCAUCAUGAAGCGAUCGAAGAGUUCGAUAUAUAGAACUUAAUAUAUAUCUAUCAAUUAUAUAUUUAUAUGUAGAGUAUUUUCUAACCAUAAUGCAUUGUAUAACGUAGCCUAAGUAGAAAGUAAGAGUUGAAACUUAACACAAACUGGAUUUGUAUUUAAAUCCAACAAGGUGCUUAGAUUUAAUUAAUGACGUGUAAUAAAAGCUUUAAACCUGAAACACAAAAUAAACAAAUAUAUUCAGUUC